CCCUCUGUGUCGCCAGGGCGAGCGGUAAAUCCACACUGCAAGAGCGGCGGAGAGACGGCGGCAGCAGCAACAGCUCAAAGCUGCUCCGGAGAGCAGCGGUGCGCUCCAGAACCCCCCAGCCUCCCUUUACACACUCACACACACACACACACACACACACUCACACCGAAAGAAAGAGAAAGAGCACUCUUUUAGCCUACUGUACUGCCUUUAAACAAGGGUAGAGUGUCAGAUGCUGGCUGUCUAUCUGUGGAGAAGAGGGGCCCAUGUUUUGGAACACUGAAACACAGAGAAAAGAGAAAAGACGCGUCUGUACCGCUGGAAAACGACCCGCUAAUAGACUGUGGGAGGAGGAGAGUGUGACUGCAACGCACACAGGCGCGCACACACACACGCUAACUGGCGUAUACACACAGUUCGACUUGAGGACGAUCGCCGAAUCCGUCGUCUGACUUAUGGACAGAGGAGGCGGGCGGAUGAUGAGUGAAGAGAAGCCACGCUUCAGUCGUAGGAUGGUGACGCCCGGAGAGCCAUAUGAUCUUGCCGGGAUUCCCAGGGAGUGCCUGUCAGCACCGUUUCGUGCCUGAUGGGUCCAGAGUCAGCUGGUAACGCGGUGUGUAGUAGACUGAUUCCUCCUGAGUGAGGUGGUGGGGUGCUCAUGGCAGCCGUAUGGGGCCUGGGCUGGCUGGGUGUGAGCCUGGCUCUGCUGGCCCUCGCCCCAGUGUGCCCGAGCUGCCCACCACGUUGCGACUGCGUGGCUCAGCUCCGCUCUGUCUCCUGCCAGCGCAAGCGCCUCUCUGGCGUGCCCGAGGGUAUCCCCACAGAGACGCGGCUGCUGGACCUCAGCCGGAACCGGCUGCGCUGGGUGGCACCGGGAGACCUGGCACCGUACCCACGUCUGGAGGAUCUGGACCUAAGCGAGAACUUCAUCUCCACGCUGGAGCCCAAUGCAUUCGCCAGCCUGCAGGCCCUGCGCACACUACAUCUCCGCGCAAACCAACUCAAGCUGGUGCCCAUGGGCGCCUUCGCUCGCCUGUCCAACCUCACCACCCUUGACCUGAGUGAGAACAAGAUUGUAAUCCUGCUGGACUACACUUUUCAGGACCUACACAGCCUCAAACACCUUGAGGUUGGAGACAAUGACUUGGUCUACAUCUCACAUAAGGCUUUCUUGGGGUUGCUGGGUCUGGAGGACCUGACAAUCGAAAGAUGCAAUCUGACUUCUCUCUCUGGCCAAACGUUGUCUUACCUACGCAACUUGGUUACCCUUCGACUGCGCCACCUCAGCAUCUCCGCCCUUGAGGACCAAAACUUCCGCAAGAUGACUGCUUUACGUGGUCUGGAGAUCGACAACUGGCCAUUCCUGGAGUACAUCUCCCCCCUCAGCUUUCAGGGCCUAAACUUGUCCUGGCUGUCCAUCACUUAUACCAACAUUACUGCUGUACCUUCUGCUUCUUUCCGUAACCUGGCCUACCUGACCUCCCUCAACCUGUCCUACAACCCCAUAUCUGUUCUGGAUCCUUGGGCAUUCAAGGAUCUGAUAAGGCUGAAAGAGCUGCACAUGGUCAGCACUAACUUGCAGACCGUGGAGCCACAUGCCCUGGCUGGCUUGAGGCAGAUCCGAGUGCUCAACCUGUCCAACAACGAGCUCGUCACUUUGGAGGAGAGCUCCUUCCAUUCUGUCAACAGCCUUGAGACUUUGCGGGUGGAUGGGAACCCUUUGUCCUGUGACUGCCGGCUUCUCUGGAUCCUGCAACGCAGACGGACCCUGAACUUCGACGGCAAGGUCCCGGUGUGCGCCGGGCCUGCUGAGGUCCAGGGCAACACGCUGAGCAGUUUUACCGAUUCAGCACUGUUUGAUUACUUCACCUGCCAGAAACCCAAAAUCCGCAACCGGAAGCUUCAGCAGUUGACGGUGCGCGAGGGCCAGCCAGUGUCCUUCCUGUGUCGUGCAGAUGGCGAACCGGCACCCGCUAUCAUCUGGAUCUCGCCACAGCGUCGGAGGAUCACGUCAAAAAGCAGUGGCCGGAUCACAGUCCUGCCAAGCGGUACACUGGAGAUCCGCUACGCCCAGGUGGCUGACAGUGGCACAUAUAUCUGCAUCGCCAGCAACGCUGGCGGCAACGACACAUACUUUGCCACGCUGACGGUGAAAGGGCAGCCUCUAGACUCAGCGCCGUUUGUCAACCACUCGCUGUACACGGCAGACUUCAACGACACGGGUCUGAACAGCACCCGUGUCUUCCUCAAGUUCACCCUGGACCUCACCACCAUCCUGGUGUCCACAGCCAUGGGCUGCAUCACCUUCCUGGGUGUGGUACUCUUCUGUUUCCUGCUGUUGUUCGUGUGGAGCCGCGGACGAGGCCAACGCAAGAACAACUUCACAGUCGAGUACUCAUUCAGGAAGACAGAGGGGCCCACCACCAGCGGGACCUCCGGAGGGACCCGCAAGUUCAACAUGAAAAUGAUAUGAAACAACGCAGCCAGGGGUCCCCUGGGGGAGGCAUGAGCACCCAACAUAAACACUCAGCGCAGACUCGCAGAAAACGCGUAGCAAAACUGUGAAAUAAAACCCUGAAGGUCCCAGGUCAAGAUUUAAUCUUAGGAAUUGACAUGAUGAAGCAUACCUUGAUCUCAAUGCCUUUAGAAAGGGAAUUAAUAUCUCUGUGAUGGUACCAAUAUUAUUGUGCGAUGGUACCAUUAUUUUUGUGACACUAAGUCACUUUUUAUAAAUUACUUUAAUAUUUAUUAAUCAUAGAAAAUUAAGCUAAAAAUUAAGUUUCCUUUCCCAACACUAUUUGCAUGGGUAGUUGGUUGCCACUUUUCUAAAAACACAAAAUCCUGUUGUUAACAUACCACAUCCUGUUAUUAAGAUGAUAACUAUUUUGUACAAACUGAACUGCAUCUUAGAGGGACCAAUAGUGGCACCCAAUCCCAAAACCAAUCCUUUUUCCAUCAAUUUAACAUGCAGUAGCUUCAGAACAAUGGCAUAGGUGAACUCCUUACAAAUGCCAGAUAUGAAAAUAAUUGAUGCACCGACAAAGCAUCAGCUAUUUCCUUACCCCUUUUUUUUUUACACCUACCUUAAACAUCAUCCCACAGCUGGAAACAAGGUGCCGAGGCAAGGACCUAAAUAAGACUUCCCUGCUUUGAAUACUAAAAAAGAUUUGGCCACCAUACAGCUUAAGCUUUACCAAUAAACAAAAAGUGAAGCGAUUAAAUCCCGUUGAGUUUGAGAGCUUUGGCAUUCUGUUGUGUCUGCGAUUAUGCGCUGGGUGAGUUGGGGCAAGCACACUGGCCGCAACCCUGCAGGUGCGCUGCUACCACGGCGACGCCGAUGUUUGGUGCUCCCGCAGCAGCACUGCAUCGCAGUGGGUGCAAACUAAUGUGCAACCAGGACCUCAGGGUCUGGUUAGGAAGCCAAGCCUUGGGUACUGGCUGCACCUUCAGUGCAGGCAGAGUGUUUGCACCAGGGUGGUGGAGGGCUGGUAUGAGGGAGGUGACUCUCUCAUAUCCUCUCCCCCCUGGGACUAGACACACGCCCACGACCCACAGGCCUACAUGGGGGGAGGCCGCCUGGGUAUCGGGGCCACUGGAUGUCUCACACACACACACACACACACACACACACACACACACACACACACACACACACACACACACACACACACACACACACACACACACAAGCCAUAUGCAUUCACAGCUCUGUACAACAUUUAUAGCUUUAUUUAUUUACAAUGAUGAGCAAAUGCAUAGUGCUAUGCAGGAAGAGAUGUGAGACAUACACUGAAGAUGUGAGACAUACAUUGAAGAUGUGAGACAUACAUUGAAGCUUCCUCACCACACUGCAGUUUCUCCUGAUUGCAUUUUCAGUUAACUGUAAAAUAAUAGUACCAGAGCUCAUUUUAUUUUUCUAUUAUGCCAUUGUAAAGAUUUUUUGUUUGAUUAACUUUCCUAAUAAUUUAUCGCUUAAUAUGUUAAUUGGAAUGCAUGUUAGGUUCAGAGCUGCUGCUUUAGCAUCACCAUGCACAUCCAUUUUAAUUAUGUUAAUUGGAAUGCAGUUUUAUUUUGCUGGCUCCGGCAGUAAUAGCAUCAGGUGCAAUAAGAGAGAUUAUAGUGUUUAUUGCUAUACUUUGAGAGCAUUUGCUACAUUGAUAAUGUAAUGUAGGAAUGACUUUUCAUAGUCAGUUAGAGAGUUUCUUUUUGAAGUUGGAUUGAAGGAUGGACAAAUUCAAAAAAUCUAAAUGCCCAGAAGCGCAUACUGAUAUAGUGCAUUCAUAACGGUAUUACCAUCAUAUCAUGCCACGAUUUUAAGCCUUUUGAUGACACCAACUGAUUUUAGGUUCAGUGUUAUACAGAAGUAUAUUAUCAUUUAGCAUCUAACCAACAGUUUCUGUGCAUCACAGCAUUGCAGUAUGUUACACAUGCAAGGCAUAUAUGUGAGAGCAUAUUUGGUGAUACCAUUAUCACCACAACUCACUAUGGUUUUUUUCCGACAUUUAUUUGGCGGCCAGUGUACAAAAGUCUCUGCUUCUCCUACCCAGUCCCCCCCACCCCAUUAAACCCCGCCCCCUACACCCCGACUGGGUCUCAGUGAGGGAGGGGUCCCUGGCUGGUGACCACGGAUGUAAAUGAAAAUCAUGACACCCAUCUAGCGUAUGUGUAUUUGACUGUAGAAGGCAUUAACUCUUUAUAUGUUAAGUUUGAUAUGUAUUUUGUACUUACUUUGAAUUUCUUUUGUUUUCGGUUUUCACUGAUGUUUCAUUGCCAGUUGUUAUUCAAAUGUUAUGUUAAAGAAUUAUCUUUUCUCAAUACUGUCACCACAAAAAGAUUUAGAGGUUUGUUGAGAACAAAUUGCAGGUUAAUUAACCGUUCAAGUUAAUCCAAGCAGCCCAAAAGUGAGUCCUUAACGGACCAUGAGUUGGCGGUGCGCUCCCUAAUAGUGUACAGUAAAAUACUCCUCCAUAAAAUAAAUAAAUAAAUAAAUCAUAGUUCUGCUAACUCCGAACAGAAAAUCGAUACAUGCCAAAAGACCUAGCUGGGAGCUAGUGUUGGGAACAGAUUAAGAAACCAAGGAAUCCUGAGUAUAAUGGUGAUUUCUGGCAAACUAAUCACUCUUUUUGGGCCCAGCCCACCUACCUCCAAGUUUCGCUCAUUAUUUAAAACUUAUCUAAGUGUUCUCAGACCUCACCGAGAUCAUCAGCAGAGAGGUAGGUUGGAGUGUGCUUGUCGUGAGUGCAGUCGAUGUUGUUUUUGUGACUCGGUGUCGUUUCGUUCGUUUGGUCGGUCGGUCCGAUUCGUUCUCUAGGUUCGUUAGCGCUUUUAGUUGGCGUUAGGUCUUAGCCGUGCAGUCAGUCACUGUGUUUAGGUGUGGUGUUUAGAAGGAGAGACCCGAGGCCCAGACGGGAUGUGGACUCGUAUCCUCCCGGCGUUACCCAACACCCGUUUAUCCUUGACGCUUCCUCUGUCCAGCAGAGGAUAGAAUUGCUUAUAUGUGGUGAGGAAGAUGUUAUAUCGGAUGCGGACUGUUCUUGCGUUGUAGCUGACAAACAGUAAAAUCUGACAGCUCUGAGGAUUGUGAGGUUUUUUUCCCGUACUGCGUUCCCUUUGAAAUGAUGCAGAUGCGAACUGAAAAAAAAAAAGUCUAAUAUAUUUCAUUCCAGGUGUCUGACCUGUUAAAAGAUAGAUAAAUGUAAUGGGUAGAAGCGUUUCAUAUGACGUUUUGAUGGAGCUGUAUAUUUUUAGGCUUAUUAAAUACAUCCCGUUGAGCCGUUUCACUGCAGUCAGUGCCUCUAUCUUGUCAGCUGCAAGUUUGACAGGACAGACUGGAAUCCCUUUGACCUCCACUCUGUCCUCUUCUCUACUCUGUUUUUCCUGUGUUUUUUUUUCUUUUCCUCUGUGUCUGUCUUUCUUUCUAUUUUAGCUUUCUUUUCGCGUCCCUUCGCGUCUCAGAGGACUGAAGCUCUGACACCUGCCUCCCAGACACACGCUCUACUGCAGUAACUAAAGCUCCGUGGAAAAGAGCGAAGGUGUUUCCACAGUCUCCACUACAACUGCUUCUCUUCAACCAGUGGAGCUUCGCGGCGACAGUUUAAUACUUUCAACGGGAUUAUUGUUAUUACACUGAAAGGAUUUAUCAGAUCGCUGACCUGGUAAAAUGAUUCCUUAGGAGCAAUCCAAAUCUGGAAUGUGGCUGCAGAUAAAUAAGAUUAAAAAAUAUAGUAAAUUAAUUAAUCAAGUAUUCUCUUUACAAAAAGCAAACAAAUAUUUUCCUGCA